GAUGACAAAAAGAGCAUCUUCAGUUAAUCAACUACUCCACAAUUAAUUAAAUUUAUUUCUAAUUAUAUAUUUUUUAGCUCUAAUUCCUAUAAUAUAUUAUAUUAUUAAAGUAUGCUCACAAUUGUCAAUAUCAAGCCACCUAUAAAAACGACUUUCCUGAGUUAAAUUGAAACAGACCCUCUCCUUUUGUAUCGAAUUCCUCAAAAAUAAGUUCAAGAUCCAUCCAAAACCGAACUUGAACUGUAGCAUAGAAAGCUAAGUUUCUCCAUCUCUCUAUCAAUAUCUCUAUCUAUAAAUAGACACUAGUAGAGACAAGAACAUGAAACGGGAGUUCAUGACAUGAGUGAGUGAAAGUUUAUAGUUUUAAGGAGAAAAAUGGAGGCCGGUGAUGUAUUUAGAGCUAGCAGUGCCAGAAUAAGCAGUGCCCGGUUAAGCAGUUCAAACUUAUGGAAGGGAAGCACAAGGGAAGUCUUUUCCAGAUCUUCCCGUGAUGAAGAUGAUGAAGAAGCACUCAAAUGGGCUGCCAUUGAAAAGCUGCCAACUUAUCUACGUAUAAGGAGAGGUAUACUGAUUGAAAAUGAGGGUCCUUCCAGAGAAAUUGACAUCAUGAAUCUUGGAGUGUUGGAGAAGAAGAACAUUCUAGAGAGGUUGGUGAAGAUUGCAGAGGAAGACAAUGAGAAAUUCUUGCUGAAGCUCAAGGAACGCAUGGACAAAGUGGGUGUUCAACUUCCCACCAUUGAAGUCCGGUUUGAGCAUCUCAAUGUGGAUGCAGAAGCACAUAUUGGCAGUAGGGCACUGCCAACAGUAGUUAACUUCUCCAUCAAUAUGUUAGAGGGAUUCUUGAAUUUUCUCCACAUUCUUCCUAGUAGAAAGAAGUCAUUCACAGUCCUUCAUGAUGUCAGUGGAAUCAUCAAGCCUGGAAGAAUGACAUUAUUACUAGGACCUCCAAACUCUGGGAAAACCACAUUACUUCUGGCUUUAGCUGGAAAGCUCAGUUCAGACCUGAAAGUUUCGGGGAGAGUGAUAUACAAUGGACAUGGAAUGGAAGAGUUUGUUCCACAGAGGGCAUCAGCUUACAUUAGUCAAUAUGACCUACAUUUGGGAGCGAUGACAGUGAGAGAAACACUAGCUUUCUCAGCAAGAUGUCAAGGAAUAGGGCAACGUUAUGAGAUGUUAACCGAAUUGUCAAGGAGGGAAAAGGAAGAAAAUAUCAAACCAGAUCCAGACAUUGAUAUUUACAUGAAGGUCACUUCCUUAGAAGGGCAAGAAGCUGUUGUCACAGAUUAUCUUCUUAAGAUUUUAGGACUGGAAAUAUGUGCAGACACAUUAGUAGGAGACGAAAUGUUCCGUGGUAUUUCAGGUGGCCAGAAAAAGCGUGUCACCACGGGUGAGAUGCUUGUUGGACCUGCUAGAGCGCUUUUUAUGGAUGAAAUAUCGACAGGUCUAGACAGCUCUACAACUUUUCAGAUAGUGAACUCAAUCAGACAGUCUAUCCAUAUCCUCCAAGGAACUGCAGUUAUAUCUCUUCUCCAGCCGGCACCAGAAACUUAUGACCUCUUUGAUGACAUAAUUCUCCUCUCAGACGGGCAAAUUGUGUAUCAGGGUCCGCGAGAAACUGUAAUGGAGUUCUUUGAGUAUAUGGGCUUCAAGUGCCCAGAGAGAAAAGCAGCUGCUGACUUCUUACAAGAAGUAACCUCGAGGAAGGAUCAAGAACAAUAUUGGGCACGAAAAGAGGAGCCUUACAGUUUCAUUAGUGUCAAAGAAUUUACAGAAGGGUUUCAGUCUUUUUACAUAGGCCGUAAACUGGGAGACCAGCUUGCUGUUCCGUUUGAUAAAGCAAGCAGUCAUCCUUCUGCAUUGACGACUAAAAAGUAUGGUGCUUCAAUGAAGGAGCUGCUGAAAGCUUGUAUUGCAAGAGAAUACUUGCUCAUGAAGAGGAAUUCAUUUCUCUACAUAUUCAGUAUGUUCCAACUUAUUCUUAUGUCAGUCAUCACAAUGACAGUAUUCUUUAGAACAGAGAUGUCAAAGAAAACAAUAGAUGAUGGUGGAAUUUACAUGGGAGCUACAUUCUUUACUUUGAUCAUCAUUAUGUUCAAUGGAUAUACAGAGUUAGCCUUAAGCAUUAUGAAACUUCCAGUCUUUUACAAGCAAAGAGAUCUCUUGUUCUUCCCCUCCUGGGCAUAUUCUUUACCAACGAUGCUCCUUAAGAUUCCAGUUACAUUUGCUGAAGUUGGUAUUUGGGUAUUCAUGACUUACUAUGUCAUUGGAUUUGAUCCUAAUGUUGGAAGGUUUUUCAAACAGUAUCUAUUAUUACUCUUCGUUAGCCAAAUGUCAAAUGGACUUUUCCGAUUAAUGGCGUCAUUAGGAAGGAAUAUAAUCAUUGCAAACACGUUUGGAUCAUUUGCACUACUAGCAGUUAUGGUAUUGGGUGGAUUUAUCAUGUCAAGAGAUAGCAUAAAGAAGUGGUGGUUAUGGGCAUAUUGGGUCUCACCUAUGAUGUAUGGACAGAAUGCAAUUGCCGUGAAUGAAUUUCUUGGGCACAGCUGGAGUCAUAUUCCUCUAAAUUCCACAAAACCAUUGGGAGUGUUAGUUCUGGAGUCUCGUGGGUUUUUUCCUAAAGCAAGCUGGUACUGGAUUGGAAUGGCUGCUACAAUAGGAUACAUAGUUUUGUUCAACUUCUUCUUUACAGUGGCUCUCACGUAUCUGAACCCAAUUGGCCAGCCUCAGGCAAUUCUAUCGGAAGAAACUUUGGCUGAGAGGAAUGGUAGCAUGAAAGGAGAGUCCGUUGAGCUUUCUCUAAAGAAAGCUGCAGGUGAAUUGUACAAAUCCCAUUAUGCAGAAAGAAGCAAUGCAGUGGUAAAUAUCCCUUCAAGAUCAAUGUCAUCAGGUUCGGGCAAACUUAGUGAAGCAGAAAAGAACAAGAAGAAAGGAAUGGUUCUGCCUUUUCAACCCCUUUCCAUCACGUUUGAUGAUAUAAGAUAUGCUGUAGAUAUGCCACAGGAGAUGAAGGCUCGAGGUGUAGAUGAAGACAGGCUGGAGCUCUUAAAAGGUGUAAGUGGAUCUUUUAGACCAGGAGUUCUUACAGCUCUCAUGGGAAUCAGUGGGGCUGGUAAGACUACUCUCAUGGAUGUACUUGCUGGGAGAAAAACAGGAGGAUACAUUGAUGGAACAAUCUCAAUAUCUGGGUAUCCAAAGAAUCAAGAGACAUUUGCCCGCAUAGCAGGAUACUGUGAGCAAACUGACAUCCAUUCUCCCCAUGUUACAGUUUAUGAAUCCUUGCAAUUCUCUGCCUGGCUUCGGUUGCCUCCAGAGGUGAAUGAUGAGACCAAAAAGAUGUUUGUUGAAGAAGUGAUGGAGCUUGUAGAGCUAUCUCCACUAAAGGAAGCACUAGUAGGGAUGCCAGGAGUCAAUGGCCUUUCAACUGAGCAACGCAAGAGGCUCACCAUUGCAGUUGAGCUUGUAGCCAAUCCAUCCAUAAUAUUUAUGGAUGAACCAACCUCAGGACUUGAUGCAAGGGCAGCUGCAAUAGUGAUGAGAACAGUGAGAAACACGGUUGACACAGGAAGAACUGUUGUAUGCACAAUUCAUCAACCCAGUAUGGACAUAUUUGAUGCUUUUGACGAGCUGCUACUUCUAAAACGAGGAGGUGAAGCAAUCUAUUUCGGUCCAUUAGGCCGUCACUCCUUCCAUCUUAUCAAUUAUCUUGAGGGCAUAAGCGGAGUUAGCAAACUCAAGGACGGAUACAACCCAGCAACCUGGAUGUUAGAGGUGACUUCAGCAUCACAAGAAGCAGCUCUUGGUAUUGACUUUGCUGAUGUGUUCAAAAGCUCAGAGCUACAUAGGAGAAACAAGGCCAUGAUCAAGGAACUCAAUAAGCCGAUACCAGGAUCAAGUGAUCUACAUUUUCCAACUAAAUACUCACAGCGAUUUGUUGUACAAUGCAUUGCUUGCUUAUGGAAACAACACUUAUCCUAUUGGCGAAACCCACCGUACACAGCGGUCAGAUUAUUUUUCACUACAAUCAUAGCUGUAAUGUUUGGGACCAUCUUUUGGCAACUUGGAUCCAAAAGGGAAAGACAACAAGAUUUAUUCAAUGCAAUGGGUUCCAUGUAUUGUGCUGUUCUGUUUAUUGGAGUAUCAAAUACCAUAGCAGUGCUGCCUAUUGUCUCCGUGGAGAGAACAGUAUUUUACAGGGAAAAAGCAGCUGGAAUGUAUUCUGCUUUGCCUUACGCCUUUGCCCAGGUUCUAAUUGAGCUUCCACAUGUUCUAUUUCAGACAGUCUUUUAUUCAGUUAUAGUGUAUGCCAUGAUUGGAUUUGAAUGGACGGCUAUCAAGUUCUUUUGGUAUUUUUUCUUCAUGUACUUCACCUUAUUGUACUUCACAUUCUACGGGAUGAUGGCAGUUGCAGUUACUCCAAACCACAACAUUGCUAACAUUGUCGCAACUGCAUUUGUACUCAUAUGGAACCUUUUCUCGGGAUUUGUUGUUCCAAAGACAAGGAUUCCAGUGUGGUGGAGGUGGUAUUGUAACAUUUCCCCCGUCUCUUGGUCGAUGUACGGAUUACUGGUCUCACAGUAUGGAGACAUAGAAAGCAAGCUUGAUACUGGUGCAACGGUGAAAGAGUUUAUGAAAAGUUACUUUGGCUACAAACAUGAGUUAGUGGGGUAUGUUGGCAUGAUCAUAGUUGGGAUGGCUGUGGCAUUUGCCUUCAUAUUUGCCUACUCAGUCAAGGCAUUUAACUUCCAAAAGAGAUAGCGGGUGCACCAAAUGUUCAGCAUCAAGAGUUUUCUCAGUAGGUUACUACCAUGCAUUAGAAAAUAUUGGAAUGGGAGAAUCCUUCUCCUUAUAUUUAUCAUAUCUAUAGAGAAAGGCUCACUCUUGUAGAGUUUGGAAAAUAUUAGUUGUACGCAAUAAUUGAGGUUAUUUCUACGUGUUUCCUCUUUCAUAAUCAUAGGGGUGUAUAAAUUUUUGUGUAAAGGUCACAGACAAUCAAGAAGCUGUAAUCGUCGAAUUCCAUGAAUGC